AUGAGCGCCGCGGAGCUGGACCGGCACGUCGCCCGCAGAUACCUGCUCAAGCGGCGGCUCGGGAAAGGGGCCUAUGGCAUCGUGUGGAAGGCGGUGGACAGGAGGACGGGCGAGGUUGUGGCCAUCAAGAAGAUCUUUGAUGCCUUUAGGAAUAAGACGGACGCCCAGAGGACGUUCCGGGAGGUCGCGCUGCUCCAGGAAUUCGGGGGCCAUCCCAACAUCAUCCGCCUCCUUGACGUGAUCCGGGCAGAGAACGACAGGGACAUCUACCUGGUGUUUGAGUCCAUGGACACUGACCUGCACGCCGUCAUCCGAGAGGGCCGGCUGCUGAGGGACACCCACAAGCGCUUUAUCUUCUACCAGCUGCUGCGGGCCACCAAGUUCAUCCACUCGGGCGGCGUCGUCCACCGGGACCAGAAGCCAUCCAAUGUCCUGCUGAAUGCCAGCUGCUUGGUGAAACUCUGCGACUUUGGCCUGGCCCGCUCCCUGAGUGGCCUCCCCGAAGGGCCUGAGGGCCAGGCCCUGACGGAGUACGUGGCCACACGCUGGUACCGAGCCCCGGAGGUGCUGCUGUCCUCCAGCUGGUAUACCCCUGGGGUGGACAUGUGGGGCCUGGGCUGCAUCCUGGGGGAGAUGCUGCGGGGCCGGCCCCUGUUCCCGGGCACCUCCACCCUCCACCAGCUGGAGCUGAUCCUGGAGACCAUCCCCCUGCCCUCCGAGGAGGACCUCCUUGCCCUGGGCCCCGGCCGCGGCGCCUGGAUUCUGCAGCGCGGGGGCGCCCGGCCCCGGCGGACGCUGGACGCCCUCCUGCCCGCCGACACGCCCCCGGAGGCCCUGGACCUGCUGCGGCGCCUCCUGGUGUUCGCGCCCGGCGGGCGGCUCAGCGCGGCGCGGGCGCUGCGGCACCCCUACGUGCGCAGGUUUCACCGCCCUGAGCGCGAGUGGUCGCUGGAGGCCGAGGUCCGGCUCCCGGUGGACGAAGCGGCCCAGCUCUCGGCCCCCGAGUACCGCAGCCGCCUCUACCAGCUGAUCCUGGAUCGCGGAGAGAAGGGCCCGGGGGGCGCCCCCGCGGGGGCAGAGCUCGCGGCCCCGGCGCUCAAGCCCGGAGCGGCGCCCCCGACCCCCGCGGGCCCGCGCGCGCCGCACCCCGGGCCCUGGCCGCAGGGGGGCCACGGAAGCCCCGCGCACGAAGCCCCGGGCGGAGCCGACGGCCGGCCGCGGCGGAGCCCGGCCCCCCAGCCCCCGCCGGCCGCCGCCAGGAGCGGGGAGGACGCGGCCCCGGGGGUGGCCCCCGCCCCGCGCCGCCAGCACCCCGCCGGGCAGCGGCCCCGCGCCCCCGCGCCCUCCCUGGCCUCGCAGGCCGCGGCCGCGGCGGCCGACCGGGGCCCGCCCGGCCUCCCCCGGGGGCGCGCGCCCGAGCCCCGGCCCGGCCGCCGCAUGUUCGGGCCCGCGGCCGCCCAGGGCGCCCAGGCGGCCGCGCGCGCCGCGCUCGGGGGCUACGCCCAGGCCUUCGGCACCGUGCGCCGCUCGGCGCUGGGCCGCCCGCCCCUGCCCCCCGGGGUGGACCUCCUGCCUGGCCGGGUGCCAGCCGCUUCGCGCCCACCUCUGCGACCCUGA